AUGGAGGGCGGACAACAGGUAACUGGCUCAUCAAGUGGUGUCAUAACAAUGGUCAUCACAUCUCUCUUUGUUCUCUUGGUAACAGCGGUUAUAUAUUUCCUCACAAAGAAGUUAAAGAAGUCCUCCAAGAGAACAUCGCUGAUGAUUGCUGGAAUCUCGGGAGUUGGAAAGACCAGUUUAUUCCUAUGUCUCCAAAAUGACCACACGACGGAGACAUGCACAUCAAUGGUGGAGAAUUCUGGUGUAUACAAACAACAGGUGGGGGAGAACAAAGAAAAGUUGAUUGACAUCGUUGACAUUCCGGGGUAUGGGAAAGUCCGCAAUUUGUUCAAAAAGUACAUCAAUGAGACUAAAGGCAUAUUGUUUUUGGUGUCAUCAGUCGAUGUCAAAAAGAGUGUGAAGGAAGACGCGGCGUAUCUUCAUGACAUCAUUUUAAAUAACACACAAAAAGUCCCGAUUCUGGUCUUGUGUAAUAAGAGUGAGGUAACCCUCUCCGAGUCGGAAGAAGUCAUUAAAAUGCUUUUGGAGAAGGAACUCAACAAAUUGCGAAAACGUGUUGCGAAGCCCGGGGAAGUCAUUUCAGACGACGACUUGUUUAUGUAUGGAGACCCCGAUGACGAAUUCAAGUUCGCACAAUUGGACUUUAGUGUCACUUUUGCAAGAGCGUCUGUUAAAGAGAAUGAUAUUGAUAACGCAAUCAAUUUCAUCAACUCGUUUGAGGCAAAGUGA